GAAAUUCACUUUCUGGUCAGGAAAAACACAAUUUGUACAGUGUUAGAUGUUUCAGCAGCUUUUAUCUAUCUUAAGAGGAGGAGAGAGAGCGCUUUUGAGUGUGUUUUUACGGUAGGGGGCGCUGUUCACCACGUUAUAAUCUGGAAACGUAUUAGCAUCAGAAAAAAAAAGAACAGAGAGAAAAAUCUCACAGUUGAAUUAAAUAGAGGCAACAUUUUACAUUUUUUUCCGCUGAUUUUUUCUGAACAUGAAUUAAAAUCAAACUUUGGACAGUUAUGGUUUCUAUGCUGCCAGCUGUGGUGGAGUUCAGGUCUGUAUAGUCAUCUCUUCAGUGUUGAUGAAAUUUGCAUUAACACACACACUCACACACACACAUACAUGGUCAGUGUGAGGGACUUCACCCGUAGGCGACAUCAGAUGAACGAGUACUUUACCUAUCUGUUCUAUCUCUUUCACGUUAAGUUCACUGUCCGCCGACACCUUUGAAUGACAAUGGGGAGACAGUGGGAGUCCGACUGGCGGCCUUUCAGUGGCCUGAAUAAAGUGCGAUCUCCAGGCACUGUUAAGAAAACAUUGCAUAAAAGCAUUAAGGCCGGGGACGGUCUGGCUGCAGGAUUAAGCUCGGGGCUGCUAUUGUGCUUUAACAUCUUGGUGCCAGAGUGGAGAGGACGCAGAAAACUGGAGCUCUUUGGCGUUCUCAGACAGAGAGUCCUUCAGAGAGCAGGUACAUGCAGUGAGCAGGUAAAUAAAGUGGACAGGUAUCUUCACUGAACAGGUAAAUGCAAAUCUAAAGGGAAGCAAAAAAAGAAAAAGAAAAAACGUCAGGCUACUGAGGUAUGCGUGCAUAGGCGCUCCUGGCUGAAGGCUGGGUUUCACCACGGCUUCGCCUGGAGCGCAAAGAGGGGGGAAACUGCGCAGCCAAUGAGAGGGCAGUAUCCAGCCCAUUCUCUCUAUAACUCUGUGUCACAAGGGCUGAGCCAUGCCACAACCAAGUUUCUACUGCCGAAAGAGUGUCAGUGGACUACAGGAGCUCAAACGCUGUGCGUAAAAACGCGCGCGCAUACCAAUUCUUUUGCGCGAUUUUUGCUUAACGCACAAAAGAAAAACUGAAUAAUCCCUCAGCGGAUUUCUUUCCUCUGGAGGGCUGCUUCAUCAUGAGCGCCGGACAGACAUACGAAAAGAAGAUUGCUUGUAUUCUGACCGAUCUACCAGGAUCUAUGAGUUGCCACCCGAACUCCAAGGACUCUCCAACUCUGCCCGAGUCCUCGGUGACGGACAUGGGCUACUACAGCGGACAGACGGCUCACGGGCAGCACGAGUAUUAUCAGAGUCAGGCGUACGGACAGCCCAUGAACUCUUACCAUCACCAGUUUAAUCUGAACGGAAUGGGAGCCACUGGAGCGUACGCCACCAAAUCUGAGUACCCGUACUCGAACAGCUACAGACAGUUCGGACAUUACAACAGAGAUCACCUGCAGGCCUCACCUCCCAGCUCAGGUAAAUAAUGCACAAUGAUAUGAACUUGUUUUUUUUAUGAAGUGUGCGUAAUGUGUGCGUAAAGUACAAAACAUAGAGUCACAUAACAGAGCCACGGUGAGAACUGCACAUCAGAUCUUUUUUUUCUGUCACCAAACCUUUAAGGGAGUAAUCUUUCUUAGUUGUUUAAUUUCCAGAAGGUAAAUAUGUGGGUUAGAAAUUAGGGAGACAACAAAUAUUUACCCUGCCACGCCGUUUGAAGUUGCAUGAAACGCAUCGUGCACGUUGCAAGUCUCCGUAAGUUUUGACCUUUAGAGGCAAGUAAAAGACAUCGGCGUCAGUUCCUUUUUUUUUCUAGUUUAAUAAACACCUUCAACAUUUUCUUGGUAACUGAUAUGAUGUUCGUGUCAUGCUGUAACAAUCUUCCUGGGAAGGAGCCAGAGAUUAUCAGAUGGCCAUAAAACACUUAGCUACGGUUUAAUUCAAACUAAUAAUAUUCGCUCCAUCAGUUUUAACACGUUGCCUCUGGCCUGAUACUCUGGAACUGACAAAGUAAAAUAAUAGUAAUCACAUUUAAUUGAUUUGAUUUUAAAUGAUUUGAGUUUUGGAGUUUCGUGUCUGUACUUUACAUUAAUCACCUUUUAUAAAAAUAAAAAAAGGCAGUUUUCCCACAUAAAUAUAAAAUAACAUUCGUGACAGUGAGCUCCAAGUAUUUUUAAACUGAGACAUUAAUGUCGUUUUACUGUGUCAUUUUAUUUCCUUUACGCUCCGUGAUUCAGCCUCUCGGGAUCUCUUAAAAUGUUCACUUGACUAAAUGUAUUUUUCUGUGGUUUAUAGUGAAAGAAGAGCCGGAGCCUGAAGUUCGCAUGGUGAAUGGAAAACCGAAAAAGAUCCGCAAGCCGAGGACGAUCUACUCCAGCUAUCAGCUCGCUGCUCUGCAGAGGCGCUUCCAGAAGGCGCAGUACCUCGCUCUGCCCGAGAGAGCAGAGCUGGCGGCGCAGCUCGGCCUCACCCAGACCCAGGUGAGCAGCACGAGCCGGUCCAGCACAUUAUUUAAUAAUUAAAAGCGAUAUUCUUAGAGUCAUGUGAGUCAGUUUCUACUCCCAAAUGUAAUUAGUAGUAAUUUACUCCCUAAUUAUCCAGACUUGCGUAAUUACGCACAAUACAAACCGGAUUUCAGUGACUCUCGGUUUCGGUUUACAAUAUUCAUCCCACAUUUAAACAAAUUAUUAAUUUUCUCAAGCUAAAUAUUGUAUUUUCACGAGGAAAGGUGCAUCUCACAGCUGAUAUAGAACAUUGCCUUUGAAUUUCUGGUUACAUUUCAUUUAAUGCUCACACCUUUUUCCUCCCAGGUGAAAAUCUGGUUCCAGAACCGGAGGUCCAAGUUCAAGAAGCUGUACAAAAACGGCGAGGUACCCCUGGAGCACAGUCCCAACGCAAGCGACUCCAUGGCCUGCAACUCCCCUCCCUCCCCCGCCGUGUGGGAGAACAGCAACCCACAAAACACCCCGAUCAGCAGACCUCAGGUCCCACAGCCGACGCACAGCUCGUCGCCGCCUUACCUGGAGGAUUAUAACAACCACUGGUACCAGCAAGGAUCACAUCUACAGCACCCGGGCACCGUGCACCACCCGGUGCCGCAGCAGAGUGUAGGAGCUGUUUACUGACACUGACCCCAGAGCUGAGAACCCCUCCGAGUUUGAAAACGAGGUCUCUUCACAAAGACUCUGCAGAGCGAAGGUUAAGCGGACCUGGAGCAGGCCUGAAGUGAAACAUUGCGCCUGUUUUUCUGGAUGAUCAACAAUGUUUCAGAACUGGGUUUUAAAGCACAUAAGGGAUUUCCGAUCACUUGUGGCAGCACAUUUAACGGACAUCUGGCGUGGUUUUUAAAUUAUUUAUCGCUUCUGUUGUAUUUCCUUAAAACCCUUUGUAAAUGAAUAUGCAAAGUUUUGUUUUUAAACAAGUAGCCUAACCACAAAGCGAAUAUUGACAAAACUGUGCAGUUGAUCCAUGCUACAUUCAAACCACGCAGAAAGAGCGCGUCAGAAACACUCAGGUCAUAUUUAUAUAGAUUUGUACAGACCGCCGAAGGCUGUAAAUAUGUGUUUAUAUGCAGAACCACUAUGAUCCUCUUUGUUUGAAACGGAACGACUGCACUGUGGUGCUUCCAGGACAAUGUUCAUCUCUAUGUAAUUAGUCCAUUGUUGCCUUCUUGUCAAUUUGAAUAAAGGUCUUACUUGCAUAUUGUGUGUCUAGAUCCUUUAUAUAAAAAAAAAAGUAUCGACAAACUUAAGAUUUUUCCUUCUGUAAUGAAGAAAACAUUACGCAGAUUUAAUAAAAGCGGAAACAUUAUAGUUUUGGUAGGUUUUACUUGAAUAAAACAAUUUAGCUAGUCUAUUUAGUAAGUGUACGCACAGUUUCAACUUUUAUGAGCCUAAAUUCUGUAAGGAAGCUUGUAAAAAAAAAUAAAGCUAAAUUAAGUCAGAGACUUUUUGUUUAGAUUCAAGGUGAGUUUCAUUUAAACAACAAAACUCCUAACAACCUUCAGAGAUUUCAUUAGAUUUUACAAAGUCUAGGUCCAAACAACCACUCAGUUUUGUCCAUGUAACUAUCAGCAGAUUUAUAGUUUAUUAGGAAACUUUCCCUAUAUAGGUUUUAUUCAUGUUUAAAACAUCAAAGGGAGAAACUGUGUUUUUCCUUAGGGCCAAAAAAUGUUAAAUAACAGUGCUUGUUAAUCUAUAGGCUGUAUAACCUAUUGCCUUAAAAAUGUAACCUCAUUAUCCCCUGAUUUUAAAUAUCUUUUUUUUCACUGAAUUCAUUCCCCCUUUAGUGCGAAAAGACAACAUUAUGAUAAUGAACUGUCUCUUUUGUGCCGCGAGCUGCGUGCAAAGC